AAAUCAAGACAAGCCCAAAUUUAUACCAAAAUAUUUGACAUGUGUUUCAGGUAUAAUAAACUCUGAACACAGCAGAAGAUUUUGUGUCCAACAUUUCCUGCAACAUCACAGUCUAUCUGACAGCAUUGCUUCAGUACCUUCAGCAAAAUAACCUCAGCCAGUGAAGCAAAUACAAGCACCUCAUGAGGUGUGGCUAACUUUCGAGUGCAGCCUUUUUCCUUUGCUGUUUUUUUUUUAUAGGUGACAUAGGAGCCCUUGUUGGCCCUGCAGUUAACUUAAUAGACUUGAAGCUGGUAGAGAGCAAGUGAAACAGAAACAUGGCAUUUGUUAUAUUUUUGAUCCUCUGUUUUGUGAUCAGCACUGAUAUCGCUUUCUCUUGCCAGAAUACUGAUGACUUUGUGGGAGCCAGUUCUCCGGGGGACAUUGUUAUUGGAGGCUUGUUUGCAGUUCAUAGUGAAAUGAUGCAUCCAGAAGAACAUCCCAUCAAGCCAGUCAUUCAGAAUUGUGCUGGCUUUGAAAUUCAGAUUUUUCUUCAGACACUUGCAAUGAUACAUGCUAUUGAAAUUAUCAACAACUCAACGCUGCUCCCUGGAGUUACUCUGGGCUAUGAAAUCUAUGACACAUGUGCAGAAGUUACAAAAGCCAUGGCAUCUGCUCUGAGGUUUCUGUCUAAAUUCAAUUCCUCUGAGGAUGUUGUGGAGUUCAAGUGUAACUACUCAGACUACAUCCCAAGAGUUAAGGCUGUCACUGGAGCCACCUACUCAGAGGUGUCGAUGGCAGUUUCAAGGCUGUUGGCUUUGCAACUAAUCCCACAGGUCAGUCCUGCAUCAUCAGCUGAAAUCCUCAGUGACAAAAUCCGGUUUCCUUCUUUCUUCAGGACUAUCCCCAGUGAUUUUCAUCAGACAAGAGCAAUGGCCCACUUGAUCUGUGAGUCGGGAUGGAACUGGAUUGGAGUAAUAGCCACUGAUGAUGACAAUGGGCGGUUCGCUGUGGAGAGCUUUGGGGUCCAGGCCAUGGCAAACAAUGUUUGCAUAGCUUUUAAAGAAAUGCUGCCUGCCUACCUCUCUGACAAUACCUUUCACGCCAAAGUUGAUCAUGCAGUUGACAAGAUUGUCAAGGAAACCAGAGUAAAUGUUAUUGUUGUCUUUAUGAGACAGUUCCACGUGCUCAAACUAUUUAAGAAGGCAAUUGAGAGGAAUGUAAAUAAAAUCUGGAUUGCAAGUGAUAACUGGUCAUCUGCAGUCAAAAUCAGUACAAUUCCCAAUAUCAGACAGCUGGGAACCAUUGUGGGAUUUGGAUUUAAAAGCAGAGACAUCUCCGCUUUUCAAGACUUUCUAAGAAACCUUCACAAAAUGCCCACUGCCAAUAACAAGUUUUUACGUGAAUAUAUUAUGCUUUUGUCAGUUUGUGCACACCUGGAAUAUUAUGAUUUUCAAGCAUGCAUUUCAAACCAGUCCCAGGAUGAUCUACUGCAAAAUGUUGAGAAUAAACAUCAGAUCUGGAAAGAUGAUUUUUUGAAUGCAAACAUUGAACCGGGAUUUAUCCAUAGUACUGUACUUGCAGUCUAUACUAUUGCUUACGCCAUUAAAGGGCUAUGCAAAACCAGAAACUGCAAGGAUCCCUCUGCCUUCACUCCCUGGGAGCUCCUUGAAGAACUGAAAAAUGUUACAGUCAUUUAUGAUGAUAAAGAAAUCAAGUUUGACUCCAACGGAGACAUGAGCACCAGUUAUGAUGUAUUUCUUUGGAAAGAAAUUGAUGGCCACAUGAAAAUCACCACUAUGGCAGAAUAUGACCCAGGGAAAGGCAACUUUAUCUUUGAGGAUGAAGAGAAAAAAAAGGCAUUUCUGGAUUUAAAGAAGGUUCAGUCAACAUGCUCCCAGCAUUGCACACCAGGGCAGAUGAAAAAGGUUACAGGAAGUCCACACACGUGCUGCUAUGAGUGUGUUUACUGCCCAGAAAACCAUUACAGCAAUCAAACAGAUAUGGAUUACUGCUACCAAUGUGACAACAAAACCUACUGGGCUCCCGUCAACAGUAGUACAUGCUACAGCAAGACAAUACAUUUCCUCGCAUGGACUGACUGGUUUGCUAUUUUCCUUCUCCUCCUCUCCGCUUUUGGGGUUGUGUUGGUUUUGUCAAUUAGUGUGAUAUUCACUAAGAACUUGAACACGCCAGUUGUAAAAGCAUCUGGAGGUCUAACUGUCUGCUACAUUAUUCUCUUCAGCCACUUCUUAAUUUUUUUAAGCACCACCUUCUUCAUAGAUGAACCCACAGAAUUCAAGUGUAAAACUAGGCAAGCCCUCUUUGGCAUAAGUUUUGCCCUCUGCAUUUCAUGUAUUUUAAUCAAGUCACUAAAAAUUUUACUAGCCUUCAGCUUUGAUCCCAAGCUGCAGAAUUUCCUGAAAUGUAUGUAUAAACCUGUUCCCAUUGUGGUCACCUGCACUGGAAUUCAAGUUGUCAUUUGCACCUUCUGGCUGAUAUUUAGGACACCUUUUGUAAAGCAAAAUUUCUCAAUCUCAAGAGCAAUAAUUCUGGAGUGCAAUGAGGGCUCUGUUUUGGCUUUUGGGAUUAUGUUGGGCUACAUCGCUGCCCUAGCCUUCAUUUGCUUCAUAUUUGCCUUUAAAGGUAGGAAGUUGCCAGAGAACUACAAUGAAGCUAAAUUUAUCACCUUUGGCAUGCUAAUUUACUUUAUAGCUUGGAUUGUAUUUAUCCCUGUCUAUGCAACUACAUUUGGUAAAUACCUGCCAGCAGUGGAAAUCAUCGUCGUUUUAAUAUCAAAUUACGGAAUUCUCUGCUGCACUUUUCUUCCAAAGUGCUAUAUCAUCAUUUACAAGCAAGAAACAAACACAAAAUCUGCCUUUCUUAAAAUGAUUUAUACGUAUUCUUCCAAGAGUGCAAGCAGUGUUGCUGUUAGUCAGAUUUCUUUGGAUUCAAAGUCUUCCAGCUCCCGAGCUACUGUCUCAGACUCAUGUAAAUCUCAGCAAAACUCUGUGGAUGGCAAUGACCAUUUCCAAGUGCCUGGGCAGACACUAAUAAAAGGGAAGGCUCUUCCUAAAAAUACUGUAAGGACUGUGGCCAGGAAAAGAAUCUCCAGCAUAUGACGGGUCAGCGUUAAAGUACUUGAAGAUGAAAAGCCAUUUUAGGGAGCCGUUUCUCUUUCAGGUCUCUUUCCUUUUUCCAUACCCAAGGAAAGCAGGCCACACAAAAUACCUCCUCCUGUGGUACUUAAGCAGUUAUCCAUUACCAGGUUUGAAAGGCUUUCCUGGCUCACACAGUCCAGCCUUGUGGCUUGCCUUGCCUUGUGGGCAUUAUGAGGUGCAGUCCCCUUCAGCAGCUCCCUUUUUACCCUGGCUUCUCAUGUAGACCUGCAGGAACCUAUUUCGCAAUCUCACUUCCCUCAGUGGGGCAGAAGCAUCAGGAAAUUAUGAUUUCUCACAGGCAUGUAGGUGGGAUGAUAUGGGUUUACCCCAGUUUUUUGGCAUUUCUGAUGCCCAAUUGUUUAAAGAGCUCUUCUUACCUCACUCUGUUUUACAGAUCAAACAGAACCUUCUCCCAGCCUUUGUUUGCUAGGAUAAACAAGCCCAGUCCUUUAGUCUCCACCUUUAAGAUAGGCUUUCCAUUCUCCUGAAUAUCCCAAAGUAACCCUUUUCACCUGGUAUCAGUGAAUCCUUUUUUCUCUUCCCAAAAUUGCACAUCUUAUUCCAGAUGAGUGCUGCAGUAACUUUCAAAGUUCCUUGUAUUUACCAGGAUGAUAACCAACCAGAGACUGGCCUAUCUAAAAAUCUAAGAACUUCUCUGGAGUUCUGUAGUUACCCAUAUGUUCAUCUACUUUUUUUCAUCAUACUCAAAGAAAUGCAUUGAUUCACCUCAUGCACUUCCUCUGAUCAUGAGGAGAGACAACCCACUAUGUUUGUUCCCUGAGCUGAGGAUCUAAUGUCAGUAUGUGAUGUCAAAACUUAUAAACACUACUUGUUUCCUUUCACUAGCAUA